AUGCCGGUCCAAGACGAAAUGGAGUAUCUACCGCAAGGGCUCGCCUCCCAUCCGAUGGUACAACGGCGAGCUUCUGUUUUUCAAGAUCUGAUUACUGUAUUCCGUAAAAAUACAUUGGGAAGAAUUAAUCGCUCCAGUUCAACAUCUGAUCCCAAUCGUCACAGUAAAGACGAUAUUUUUCAUCACUUUGGAAAAUUUCACUUUCACGAAACCGACGCGUUUCUCGGCAAGUCGGACCAUAGGGACGAGACUGAUGAGGACGGAAAACCCCUCACCAGACAGGUGCUCCUGGAGCGAAUACGGCAAAAGAAAGAGGUCAUCGGAAAAUUGCGAUGUCAACCAUGGAGCAUGUCCCGCAAAAAGCGGACUUUAAAGCUCGCUCAGAAAUACUUGGAGCAGCAUGAAUCGCGUGUAUCCAGAACGCAUUUAUACAUGGAAGAGUUUCGAAAGCGUAUGCGCUUGUUGAAACGAAGUUUCUCGAACAUUAAAACCUACUUGAUACCAUGGGAAGGCAAAAUUAAACGAAUUGAAAGUCAUUUUGGUUCGGUGGUCUCGUCCUACUUCACAUUUUUACGAUGGAUCGUGUUCGUGAACGUGAUCAUCACAUUAAUCAUUUUCGCACUUGUUGUGCUGCCUGAGACAUUGGCUGACGCGGCAGCGGACGAGGCCAGACGUAACCGAACCCUGACACGCAAGGAGAUCCCGGCAAACGAGCGUGUACAUGCCGACGAAAUCGCCGUCGUUUGGCACUACGAUGGAUAUUUACGGUACUCACCACUGUUCUAUGGAUAUUACUCGGACGAUGAAUUUCUAGGACAGAAAUAUCCGUUGCCGUUGGCAUAUUUCCUUGUCACUAUUUUCAUAUUUGCCUAUAGCUUUUUCGCCAUACUUCGGAAAAUGGCCGCCAACGCUCGCAUGUCAAAGCUAUCCGGCAGUAAAGCCGAGCAAUACAUUUUCAAUUGGCGUGUGUUCACCGGAUGGGACUACACAAUUGGCAACCAAGAAACGGCCAGUAAUACUGUAAUGGCGAUUGUGAUCAAGUUGAGGGAGUCAAUCGCUGACUGUCGUGUAUCGCUCGGGUCAAAAUUUCGGUGCCUACAGUUUACAUUACGAGUAAUAGCGAAUAUCGUCAUUUGUGGGAUGCUCGCCUUUUCCAUUUACUGUAUUUCAUUUGCUGUGCAAAAAUCUCAAACAGCCGUUGAACAGGAAGGCAAUCUCUUCACAAAAAAUCAGGUACCUUCUGUGGUAGCGACAAUCACUCACGUCUUUCCAAUGAUUUUUGAUCUUAUCGGACGUCUCGAGAACUACCAUCCAAGAACAGCACUUAGAGCACAUCUAACCAGGGUUCUUGUCCUAUACGUCCUGAAUUAUCUUACUUUGAUAGUGGCGUUAUUCGACAAAAUGGACGCUAUACGGAAAAAAGAUCCGUCAUUAGAUUUUAGCGUGGCGCGUGAAAAGCGUCAACUGGGAGGACGAAAUCCGAACAUUCCUCGACCUCCACCGUAUGCUAGUCGUACGUUCGAGAACCGUACAGAUCUACUACGUUUCAUUGAAAGGAGUACACGACGUUUUGAUCAGAAUCGUACGACACGCUCCGCACCAACGACACCGUUCACGGUGGCUCCACAAUUUGGCCCAGUCAACGUGAACAACCCAAAUGUUAUAUUGCGAAACGGCACCUUGAGCAAGAUUUUUGAAGCGAAACGAAUCGGUCCUGCACCGUUGCCCAUCUACACUCCACCGCCUCGAACGUAUCCACCGCACGAACCUGGGAAAGUGAAAGAGCGAUAUGGUGGUCCAGAUUUUCAUCCUACUCGUAGCUAUCCAAAACUAACGACGACAUCACGACCUCGGAUAACUCGUCCGCCAUCGACUCGAAAACUCCUCACAGAGGGAACGACAUCGACGGAGCAAGCGGAUCCCGAGGAUCCAGAAGAUCCUGUAACGAUAAUAAACGAAAACAUUUCCGAAGAGGCUGUAUCUGUGAGUGAGGAGGAGUUCUUCCAAAACGGUAACUUUCUCUUGAUAAUGCUCAACUUCAUCAAAACAAUU